AUGUCUCGCGCGCCCAUCAUAUUCAAUUGUCUUAUCCGCACCCACCACAUCACCUCACGCAAGAAGCUACAGCGUGUCCGUCGCGCGGCAAGCCAGCUCAAUGUCGACUGGCUGCUUGUCCGCAGUGGCGGGUGUCCAGGCAUCAUGUUCGCCGAAUCGCGUGACGCCGCUGGUCUGGAGGAAUGGCUGGCCACUGUCCACGCGCUGCGGUACAAGGAUUUCCGCUGUGUCGCGAAACCUGCUCCGUCUUGUGGGAUAAUUGUUACGGAUGAGGGUGCCAAAAAGAAGCGGCAGGGAGCAGGCCGGCCGUCUGAUGACACCGUGACAGGCAAUUUGCUAGCCACGGGCUUCUACGAGACAGAAUCCGUUGCAGAAUUCGGCAAGGAAUUGGGAAAAAGAGGGCUCGCUUCAUGGUGGAAAAAGGCAAUGGGAUAUUCACCCGACAGUUGA